AUGUCAGAUGUUAUGGACAAACGGAUUGAACAAAAAAUCAUGGAAGUGAUGAGGACAAACAACCAGGAGUUACUCGGAAGCAUCAGCGGGAUGAUAUCUAAGAUAAGUGAUAAACCCUCGUCUUUACUUGACAUUCCUAAAUUGAAAAGGAAAAGUAACGAGGAGCAGUACAAGAUUAAUUCUAGGGUAUUAGAGAAAAUUGAAACGGCAGGGUCGCACGUCCAGGCGCAAAAUUUAACCGCCGCACACGAGGCUAUUGUUCAAGCUACUGAAUUGCUGAAACACCGCCAGAAACUGGUGUUUUUGGCCGACACGUCCGAGUUGGGUUGGCGUGUUGUUUCGGAGUACGAGGCCAAUCCCAUUGCAGACGACAGCGAUGACGAGAAGCGCAUAUACAAGGCCGAAGCUCGAGCCAGUAGGAAGGCCAAGUCGGACAAGAAGCGGCCGCGUAAGAACUGGCCGUAUCGCCGACCGGAACAGCAGCCGGGAUUACAACAGGCGUUGCACAUCGCACAGACGAGCAGGCAGCGUCCCGGAUUGUGUUUCAUGUUUGGGAAAUCUGGCCAUUGGAAAAUGGAGUGCCCGCAGAACACAAGCCAGCAGAAUAACAAGAUAAGUAGUUUUAUGAAUUGCUUGGUUACUGACGUAAAAGAUUCAGGUACGAAUCAUCCGGAACCUACUCAAGCGGAAGUGGAGAGGCAAGUAAGUCCUUCUAUAGGCAUCAACCCUUUAAAAGAAGAUAGGGUGGACUCUAGCAUAAAUGACGUAACUCCAGUCGGUAGUUUAAAGAAACACCUAAGUAAGUGGUCGGAAACGUCCGACAAUCAAUACAUUUUAGAUGUGGUUGCCAAUGGUUAUAAGUUACCAUUUAAGGUGAUUCCAGAGAGAAUCGAGAUGAGAAAUAAUAGUCUGCAAGGGCUAAUCCCAGUUUUGUAG